CUUGCAAUAAUAAAUAUGCAUUUGUUUAUAGUGCGCGCUCUCGAAAAUACCUUUCAAAUCCAAUUAUUCUAAAAAAUAAUUUUUGAAACUUACGAGUUAGUUUGUAGACAAAAAAAAACUAAAAAUCAAAUUGAUCUUACGAUCGAUACUCACAACUGCUCAAUUAAACAGUUCUCUUGUGCUCACUAAACAACUCUUAACACGCUCUGAGCAGUUCUCUACACACUCCGAGCAGCAAAUACCAUCGAGGCGUGGGUGGUAUCGUGAAAAACUUUCGCUUUCUUUACUCAAAUAUUACCAAUAAACCAGCUGUUAGAGGAAUUCUCUCACACGCCUGCUUAAUCUCUCACUUGCUUACUCGCUCACCAACUUACCAUACAGCGUUCACUGUUGACCUCAUCUCGGCUAUUUGUUAGCCAUGCGACUUUAGUACGUUUCUUUUAUUGUCGGACGUGUGUGCAUUGCGCUCGAGUAAAGAAUUCUUUUUUCUACGAUUUUUUCGCGACUAGUCUAGUUUAUACUAAAUACGACGAAAGUGUGUGUGUGUUCUUUUCUGCAUAUAAUUUAAUAUUAUAACAAUAAUAUGAUGACGGAAUCCAACUCCACGCCAACUACGCCCGCGAUCGAAGACAGCAGCAACACACCUGCCGCGGCGGAUAAAAUCACUAAGCAGCCCUUGACCGAGAAGGAGUUGAGGGAUCUGCAGAUCUAUAAUAAUUUCGCCACACCGCUCGCUGGCACCUACCUCAACUUGCCACAGGAUUCGGUAAUGCUGAAAUGUCCUGCUUGCGGCAUUGUUGAAAUGACACAAGUGGAAAACGAUAUGAAGUGGUGGGCGACGGAGAUCAAUCGUUUCGUCGGCUGUUUGUGGGUCACAUUUUGUUGUUGCUGCUGCAUGGACUACGUUAUACCAUGUAAACAAACGGAUCGUAAUCAUUAUUGUAAGAAUUGCGGUUGCUACUUUGGACGAGCUAUGAAACACUCGGCAAUUAAACCGAAAAAGCUCGUCGCCAAAUCAUGAGGUGGUUGCCACCCACACGCACUCAGUUGGAAAAUACAUACUCGUACAUAUUCCUUUACUGCCAAGGAGGCCGAUAAACGAAAAAAUAAAAAAAAAUAAUAAUAAAAUUAAUAAUGAAUAUAUCUGCUUUCCACUUUUUGUCUGCACGAAAACGAUCGAUAAUACAAAGGAAAUAAAAACAUACACACUUACAUACAUACAUAUAUAG